CCCAUGCGGAUGCCUGGACAGCUAAAAUCAACAGAUUUCGGGGCUUGUUUCCUCGAGUAGAGAUCAGUAUAGUUGCAUGAUGCCUGCCACCAACUCCAAAACCUUCGUCGAAGCAUGCCAAGCUACUAUGAUCCUUACCAAACUCAACCUUCCAUCACUGCCCAAGUCCCCAACCUCCCCUCUUGCAUCUCACUUUUCAACUUCUUCUCUAUCACAUCUCCAACAACCCAUCACCAACAAGCCAUACUGGACCACGAAAAUCCACGACCUCUGCACCAAGCACCGGAACGUCGACGAAGCCCUUAGCCUGCUUGACACCCUCUGCCUCCACGGCUACCGCCCCGAUUACCUCAACCUCAGCAGCAUAACCCACGCGCUUUGUGAUUCCAACCGCUUCUCCGAGGCUCACCAUCGCUUUCUUCUCUCCUUGUCUUCUCAUUUAAUCCCCGAUGAACGGACCUGUAAUGUUCUCAUUGCUCGCUUGCUCCAUUCCAAAACCCCGCAUUCCACAUUGCAUGUUAUACGUUCUUUACUUAAUGUCAAGGCCCAGUUCGUCCCUUCAUUAACAAACUUCAACCGGCUAAUCGAUCAGUUUUGCGCGGAUUUACGCGUAGAUAUUGGGCAUAGGUUGUUUUUUUAUAUGAAGAGUAAGGGACAAUUGCCCAAUGCUGUUACUUACACUACUUUGAUUAGUGGGUAUGUUGGAAUUGGUGAUUUAGGCGUUGCCUUUAAGUUGUUUGAUGAAAUGCGUGCCUGCGGGGUGUUUCCAAAUUCGCUGACUUAUAGUGUUCUUAUUUGUGGGGUUCUUAUGAAAAGAGACGUUGCUAACGGGAAGGAGUUGAUGGACAAGCUUUGGGAUAGAAUGAAGGAUGAAAAGGAGGAGCCGGCCGUGAAUUCGGCGGCGUUUGCUAAUCUUAUCGAUUGUUUAUGUAGAGAAGGGUAUUUCAAUGAAGUUUUUAGAAUUGCGAAAAGCAUGCCUCAAGGGAAGAGUGUAAGUGAAGAGUUUGCUUAUGGUCAUAUGAUUGAUUCGCUUUGUAGAGCUGGAAGGAACCAUGGCGCUUCUAGGGUUGUUUACAUGAUGCGAAAGAAAGAUUUUGUGCCGAGCUCAGUUUCUUAUAAUAGCAUUAUUCAUGGCCUUUGUAAGGAAGGAGGUUGUAUGAGAGCUUAUCAAUUGUUUGAGGAAGGAAUUGAGUUUGGAUACUUGCCAUCCGAGCACACGUAUAAAAUUCUAGUAGAAGGGCUUUGCCGAGAAUCUGACUUCCACAAAGCGAGGCAAGUUUUACAGUUCAUGUUGAAUAAGAAGGGCCUGGACAGAACUAGAAUUUACAAUAUAUAUUUACGAGCUCUUUGCCUCAUAAAUAAUAACCCAACCGAGCUUUUAAAUAUACUGGUUUCUAUGCUUCAGAACCAGUGUCAACCUGAUGUGAUUACCUUAAACACAGUUAUCAAUGGGUUUCGCAAGAUGGGAAGAAUGGAUGAAGCUCUGAAGGUACUGAGUGACAUGACAAAUGGGAAAUUUUCUGCUCCAAAUGAAGUGACAUUCACUACGGUCAUCUGUGGUUUAUUAGAUGUAGGAAGAACAGUAGAAGCUCUUGAUGUAUUAAAUCGGAUAAUGCCUGAAAGGGGUUUAAGGCCUGGUGUUGUUACAUAUAACGCAGUUCUUUGUGGUUUUUUUAAAACCCAACAUGCAAAUGAAGCAAUGGGGGUAUAUAAUUGCAUGGUAAAUGAAGGCGUGACUGCCAACAGCACCACUUACGCUAUAGUUGUUGAUGGAUUAUGCCAAUCUGGCCAAAUAGAGGAGGCUAAGAAGUUUUGGGAUGAUGUUAUAUGGCCUUCACAAAUUCAUGAUGAUUUUGUGUAUGCGUCUAUUCUCAAAGGGCUAUGCCACGCUGGCCAUUUUAAUCAAGCUUGUCAUUUCUUAUAUGAACUGGUUGAUUCUGGGGUCACUCCAAAUAUUGUGAGCUACAACAUUGUGAUUGACAAAGCCUGCAAGUUGGGUUUGAGAAAAGAAGCUUAUCAAAUUGUGGGAGAAAUGAGAAAGAAUGGGCUUGAACCAGAUGCUGUAACUUGGCGGAUUCUUGAAAAACUACAUGGUAAUGUAAGAAAAACACUUUUUAUUGAGGAUUCACCACUAAAAUCUGAAGGUCUAUAAUGAGGCAGGUUUAUUCGAUUCUCUAAGCCUUGCUUCUAUAAACAAGGAUUCCUUGUUUGAGUCCUUUUUUGCAGCAGCCUGCUUCAUUCAAAGCAACUGGCAACAAUGGAAGAAAAUUGCCAAUGUCAUUAUUAAACAAGAAACAAAAUAAGCACGCAUUGGGAGGAAACUUAUGUCUACAGAAAUUAUAACUCGAGGGUUUCUCAAAUUGCUUGUGCAAUAAAUCUGGAUUUGAAAGCACUUUACAUGUGUUGUUUAUCGAGGUAAAGGUAAUAGUCUCAUGGGGUAGGUGAAGGCGAGUAGGCCUCAUGCAAAGGAGGAUAUAGGAGGCUGGCUUUGGAUCUCAGCACAGAGGCAUGUAGAAGGCCUCUGUGUGUACACAUUUACUUGAAUUAUACAUACCUUAUAGUCACAAAUAUUGUUUCAAAACGGUUGAAUUGCAAAUAAAGCAAUGCCAGUUCAUAUUAUUGUAGCCAUGGAACCAUUUCUUGUUCCUUUCACUACAAAAAAUAGGCUAUGUAACAACAGUUUGCAUUUUACCUCUGGCAGUUGCUGUAACUCUUGGAAAUUUUUAUAUUAAUAAAAUUUUCCUGGAAAAUCUUUUGGGGGUUAA